AUCGCGAAGUGGCGCAGCAAUGGCGGUGGAGACGAGGGAGCGGGCAGCAGCGUCUCUCGUGGGAGUGGCCAUGCUCUCGGUCGCUUGCUUCAUGCUCGGAGCUUCCCUCUUCCAGAUGUCUUAUGGAGACAGCACAUCGAGAACCGAGCUGUAUGAAUAUCCAGUGAACCAGCUCUACCAGGGAUCCACUCCUGCCCAAAUGCAGUCCCUAGCGAAAUAUGCGAUCACGGGCGAUGUUGCACUGCCCUCGACCUAUCCAUCUCCUCCACAAGGAAUCGUUCUACAAUUCCCGGGAGCCCAGGAAGCUGCAGAAGAUAAUGAGGAGGACGACGACCAAAAGCUGCCAAAGCAAGCCAAGGAGGAGGAGGAGAGUGACGAGGAGAAGGCAAAGAGGCUUGAGAAAGAGCUGAAGAGUACAAGGGAUAGAAGCGAAGAGAUCGGGGAAAAGAUUCGAGAGUUAAAGCGUUGGAUUCGUGAUGAGACAGACAGUGUCAUUCGCAAGGUGCAGGAGCAGAACACAAAGCUGUCUGAGAAGAUCGCUCUUGUGCGUUUAACGCCGGGUCCUCCUGGAAUCAUGGGGAUUCCGGGCUUGCCAGGAAAGAACGGGAGGGAAGGAGCACCAGGUACCCCAGGCCCUCCGGGUCCCAUCGGCGAUCCAGGGGAGCCUGGACCCAUGGGUCCAGCGGGUCCGUCGGGAGAACCAGGAGCUCCAGGCACAUAUGGGCGACGGGGAAGUGAAGGUCGGGAGGGAGUUGUGGGUGAUCAGGGACCCAACGGAGAGGUCGUCGGUCACUAG